GACACUCUUGUCUCGGGAAUCGUCGAGGUCGCACGCGUUGAAACUGUCGGGACGAUUUCGUCGCACUGAAAUAAAAAAAAUUUUUUUUUUUUUUGCAAUUGUAAUAUUUACAUUAACCUCACAAGACUCGAGGGCUGACGGUUGGAGUACAACUGGUUAUGGAAUUGUGGUUGAGUGACAGUGCAGUGUUGCCAAUAUUUGUCAUUAGUGAGGAUCAUCAUCACGGUCAGAAUUGGAUUUGCUAAUUGUUCAACGGUAUUCGUGGACGGGGUGAGGCGGUGCAGGAGGGGGAUAUACUUUGUGAAUUGAGUGAGACAGCAGUUGGAUUUUGAGUGAAAUAAAAGUUGGUAGACGUGGCAACGUUGGUUACGGCGCGCGCAGUUGCAUCAACACAGUGAUACACGGUAAACACGUAUAGCUUGGGGUGGCCUCGUCCCUCUACGGCUUUUCACAUUGUCCUAAACCCCCCCCACCAGAGCCAUUUUUGUGUCUCUCUCUUGUCCACGGGAUUUGUCCCACUCACGCCCCCCCUACCACUGGUCUUGUGGCCCCCCCAUCGGCCACCCUGCCUCCCCCCACCCCUGCCCCUGCGCGUUUGUAGCCGAACAGGGUCGGGCGAGUCCAACCGACGAUGUUUGCCGAGGGAAGUACGGCAGGAGCCCUCCAACACUAGUACGUCUCGAUCCGGUGAAUGUACCAGACGCCGCGUGUUGUUUCGAGAAUAAAAAAAAAAAAUAAAAAAUAAAAGUAUUCCACUCACCCGUUGUACGUUACCUCUGGUGCUAUAUAAGUUCAGUAUCAUCUUGUGAAGUGUUAAUCACUAGUUUGAAAAAUAACCUAGAACCUAGGGAUUUUUGAACUGUUUAAACGACCGAUGGUAAAAUUUUUUUUUAUUGUUAUUACGUCGAUGAUAGGCGGUUUUGUUAUGUCGUUGAUACCGACGUACAGCCCGACAACCGCCAUGUUUGGUGUUUACGAGCCGCGAGGGAGAAGCUACGGCACACGCUGACGUCACAGAACUAGGGAAUUAUCAGCGACAGGGGUCAGCACCGGCAGUGCAACGAUUUUUGUGGAUUUUUUUUGUUUUUUUUUGAAAUUGUGAUUUAUGAGAUUUGACAAAGAUUGAAGAACACCUGGGGACUUAUCCGCCGGUGAAUUCUAGGGAAUUGCCGGACGCGGCGAGUGAGGGUUUGAGUGACCCUUUUUUCCAGGUUUUUUUUUUUUUGGGAGAAAACGAGGAUUUACACUUGUGUGAUGUGCGUGUUGUGCCGGUUUACUGGAUGUGAAGACCGUUUUAAAAACAUUUUGUGGUAUUUCGUAACAAAUUUUUAGUGAUUUUUUUUCUUUUCUUUUCUUUUGGAGGGGACUCCCCUCCACAUUGUGGAGUUGAAAACAUCCGGCAUGCGCCGUGAAAACUCACGUAAACAGAUUUUUUCGGACGGAAUGGUGAAUUUGUGGUGUUAAAUCACGUGGAGAUAUUCAUCAGGUGCUCAUCUGGAUUACGUGGUGAUAUUUAUUUCAGUGAAUGAGUGAAUUUCUUUUGUGAUUAGUGUGGCAGUGACUUUUAUGGAGAUGGAUCUUGGAAACGUUUAUGCCGCUGAGCGGAUACUCAAGAAGCGAGAAAAGAGGGGAAAGGUCGAGUACUUCGUGAAAUGGAAGGGCUGGAGCAAAAAGUGGAACACGUGGGAGCCAGAGGAGAAUAUUCUCGACGUGAGGCUAAUUGAGCUGUACGAGGAGAGCCAGAAAGGGAGUGACGUUGCACCAAGAAGGCCCCGAAGAGCAGACACACGAUACAAUGAGCAAAUCCUGGCAAACCUAGUGGUGGAGGAGGAGCCAGGUGGGGACGAGAGAGUGGGUGAAGACAGCCAAGAUGAGUCAGGAAGUACCUCAGCCCAGCGAUUGAAUCCAGUCCCAGAUGAGGACACAAUCGCAAGUUCCCUCGAUGGACACGAGUCCCCAACGCCCCCUGACCUAUCAGUAUCAGCCUUCACUGGUGACUCUGAUAGCUCCAACAGCAGUGUCGACAUACCUCUGUUACCCAGGCGAGAGCCAGGAAUCAAGAGGAAGUCGGAGGUGCUGAGUAAGGAGUCAGGAAAAAUUGGCAUCACCAUCACCACUAGUCCCAGUAGUGGAGGCAGCAGUCCUCCACCAAAUAAGUUGCCCAGGUUGUUGCCACUCAAGGGAAAUGCGACGUCUUCGUCUUAUCAUAAUCACAAAGUGAACGGGAGAAGACCGUCAUCAUCAUCAGUGAAGUCGACUCCAGACGAGCCCUCGCCAGCAGUCCCAACGACUCCAGCCCCAGCUCUUCAGGACAAAAAACGUCCUGAGGCCGAUGUACCCCACGGUCCACCGCCCUCACUUCCUCGGGCACCACCGCUGUCCUCAUCCCCCCAACUGGACACCCCCCUGGAGCAUCCGCCGAAAAAACGGCCCCUCGACAAAGUGGAAAAAUCCAACGGUGUGACAGACACCAAUGGCCACAAAUCCCCAUCUCCCACAGACGUCUACACCAACAACAACAGGUUAAUGUCUAUCGUCAAUGGACAUCACAACAAUAAUCCUACAUCAAUAAAAUCCCCGGAGUUGAUAAAACCUGAGGACUACAAGCCCCUGAGUCCAGGAACUGACUACUGGCACUCAAUCACUCCUGUUGCUGAUCAAGUAUUUAUCACUGAUGUCACUGUUAAUUUAAAAACUGUGACGAUUAGGGAGUGCAAGACUGAGAAGGGCUUCUUCAGGGAGAGAGAUCCCAAGAGUGAUGUGUACUGAGGGGGCGGGGAGGGGCGCGAUGAAGUGGUAAGAGUUGGGGGUGAAGAGAGAGAAAUAAUUGAGGAAAAGUUUGAUCAAUUGAGUUUGGGAAGCGAUUUUCAGAGGCACAAGGGGAUCUAGGGGAAAAUGUCAAGAGACAUUUGUUGUGGGGAAUUUAAUUCUGCAGCAAAAGUGUCUUUUGAUGUUUUGUUGUAAAACCACCCGUGAUGGAGAUAAUCGCGAAUUUUGGGGAGAAGAAAAUUGAUUGAUCAGACCACUUCAUUUUGGAAUUAAUUCGAGAGCAUUUAUUGGGGGUUCCGAGGGGUCAGGAAGAGGGGACGUUGGUUAUUCGGUGAUUAAUGGGACUUUCACACAUGUAGUCGAUCACAGGAUUUGAACAUUAAUAUUUUUUUAUUGGAUUUCCUUCGAAUCAGGAGUCUUUUUCAUUUUUGCUUUAUAAAUUAUCUGAAUUGUGGAAUUAACUCUCAAAUGAUUAAUUAUGUGUUGAUCGUAAGAUAAUCAACAUUAAUUUGUCCUCAAAGGCUGGAAUUCAAACCCCUAAUCAGAUAUUGUCAUUAAAAAAUGGUCUUAAUCCAUUGAAAUCACUAAAAUUAGUACUUUCUCCUGAAGCUAAAAAUAAUGAAUAGUCUGAAUUAAUGAAGAAAGACCAUUAAUUAACGAAUGGCUCACCAAACCACAAAAAUAAAUUCUAAGAAUGAAAUUCAACGGAUCGAUUGUAAAUAUAAAUUAUUUUCUCACUGAAAAGGGUCAAAAUUUGAUGUUAAAAUCACCUCUCGAAUCAUUGUUUUUCAGUUGAAUAGACAAAACCGAAGGGUAAUUGUUAUCACAAUUUUAUUUUUAAUUAUGGAAGAUGUUUUUCAAGUAUUAAACGAGAAUUAUGAUUUUUUUUAUCAUUAUUUUGUACAUAAAAAAGGGCUUUGUAGUUCUAGAGCGAGAUCUGAGGGGCGUACGCCCUCGUGGAAAACCUAAACACUAUUUUUUCCAAUAAAUUUGGUCUUUGUAAUCCGAUUUCAACGAAUGGAUCCCAAAAAAUCAUCUUUGAAGUAAUUUAAUUCCACAACCAAAAUGAAAAUAAUUAAUUUUUGAGGAUAAUUUCACUCCCAUUCAAAAUUGCUGAUCGCUAUUGGCCUCAUUUAUGAAUAGUCCAGAAAGUUUAUGUCGAUUUGAAAAAAAAAAAGUCCAUUUUGCCCCACAGGCUUCAAGAAAAAUUGGGAAAAAGAAAACUCGAAGACUCGUUUUUCUCACUUAUUCCGGCCACGGGGGUAAAAAGGGUUUAGUUUUCACGAAAUAAUCGAAAAUUUUCCUGGCUUUCUGAUGAGAUAACUUUUAUUUCCAUGGAGUCAGUAGUAGUUCCUGAGAUAAUCGAGUUUUCAGGGGAUGGGAGUUGAUUUAUUCUCUUCAUUUCUCCACAAAUGCAAUAGAAAAUUAUCAGAACUAUUUAACCUGCGAAUUGUUUAUUAUGUAUCCUUAGAAGGGUGUAAUUAAAGUUGUUUUUGUCAGUCAAUUUUAAGUAGUUGUUGCAGUUUUGAGGGGCGAGAAAAAAACGAAUGAGUUUUUAUUUAAUUUUUUUUUUGGAGAUCGUUGAAUUGUGUUUCUCGUUGAGUUUAAUUUUCUUUUUCAUUCGAACGGGGAUUUUGCGAGGAGAUCGUGAUGGGGGAGAUUAAUAAGUGAUCGACCUGUUAGAAAUGACAGGUUGGAGGGUGCUCAAGAGGUUCUCCAACAGUAAAAAUGUCCAAUGUCAUCGAUUACUGAGUCUAAUCAUUUGAUCUAGAUUUUAGGGUAGGUCUUCCAGACAACAAUUGGCACAGAAUCUUGAUUUGAUGAGUUACUGAGGGAAAAUUAUAAAUUGGGUGGAAACUAAAAUUUAAAAAAUCGAAAAACAAUGGAAACUUGUUCUGGGUUUAAUAAAUUAAUUGUUCACCAGGAUAGUUCUGACCGAAAGAUCAAAGGACCUUUUUGUGAGAACCUUUGAACCCUUAAAGCCUCUUGGACACCCCACAUCACUAUGACGAUGGUGAGCGGAGUUCUUUUCCCCCGAAAACAUUUUCCGGACAAAUCCCUUGAUUGGGAAUUUUCCAAAAUUAUAAUUUUCCGUAACAAGAACUUCCGUGGAAUUAAUUUUCUGAGUAAAGAUAUCUCCAUUUUUUUAGGUAUUCGCUGCGCGAUUGUAAUCAAUAAUUCGUUUUCCCCGAACAAACAGAUAUAUUUGUAAUUUUAAUUGCAAGUGUAAUUAUCCAUCGUCUGUUACUCACGGAAAAAUAUUGUCGGGGAAAUUUUUUCCGAGGGAAAGAACUCCGGAAAAACCGAUCACAGGCAAUUGUUGAACCCCCCUGAGGGAUGAAAACCCCUCAACAUCUUUAUUUGCAUUAAAAACAACACUAAAGAUCGAAUGAAAAAUCAUGAAAAAUACAUAUACACAGUGUGACACUUGUGCACUUUUGAAACCAGUUAAUCCGUGAUAUAGUUGACUAUAAAAAUUUAAAAGAACAACAAAUAGAUUGUAAAAACCACGACAGAAUGGCGAGAGUGAAAAAUGCAAAAUCAUGUACCAUGCUUAUUUAUUAUGACUAACGAAUGACGAAUUUUUAGGUUUUUACAAUAACUAAACUAGUAUUACGAGUGUGUACUCGAUACCAUUGCGACGAGACAACAAUAACAGCAUUUAUUAAACAAUUGGCUCAGUUAUUACGAAGAACCAAAGAGUGAUAUCUCAGCAAACACCACCGAAAACCAAAUUAUCUGAAUUAUUUCGAGAGCCUGAUCAGCUGGAGGUGCGAAUUCUAUCGCAUCAGAUAGUCAGGAUAAUUUCCGAUGAUUUAAAAAAAAAGUCACCCAUUUUGCCCCGGUUGUUUUAGUAAAAUUCUAGAAAGAAGAUCGGUCCAACGGUCUCAGUUUAUUCGAGUUUACCUGAGUUUUUCUAGAAUAACUCUGAAUUUAUGGAAGAUACCCAUAUUUUCGUCAUAAGCUUUUUAGUAGUUCCUCAUUCGCCCUAUAAAAAAGCUAGGGAUAAAAAUUUUGAUAUCUCUCCUAGAUUUCGUGAUAUUCAAGAAAAACUGUCAGUCCUCCGAAUCGAUCUAAACGUUUUUAUCCAGUCGUCGGUGCAAAAUUAUCUCAAAAAUUUAGAGAACGGAAAGAGAUAAAACACUUUCUUUUUUCUUGAUUUCAUCGAAAAUUUCUUCAGCUUAAAAAUGAAUAAAAAAUCAUCGAUCCAUCUCCAAUGGCUCUUGAAAUAAUGAUCAUUUUGUGGAAGAAUCACAUUUAACGAGAAACAAUUUUUGUUGACACUAGUUUGAUAAAUCGACAAAGCAAUGAAAAAUUCAAUCAAACUGAUAAAUCGUCAGUGACAAUGGAUGAAUGACGAAGUAAUUGUUGUAAUGUAUACUUGUAAAUGAGGAUGAUAAAUCCAACUGUACAAAUUGUAAAUAAAAAUAGUAAAUUUCCUUGCAAGUCAUAAGCGGAAAUGGGUAAUAAACUAAAUGUAGAUUUUUUUUCUUUAAUUAAUUGAUACUGACUUGAAAAUGUAAAUAAAUAAAUAUCAUCGAUUAUAAGUUGUAAAGUGAUGGUGUGAAGGGGAAAAAAAAAGGGGGGGGGGGAGGGGUAAACUGUCCUCUGGGAUUUUUAAUGAGUUUAUUUUUCAAUCACUGAUCAUUAAUUCUUUAUUAUCAUUGAGAAUAGACUGUGCGUACCUUCGAUUAUUUUGUUUUCUGUACUUAUAGAAUAAAUCAUUAUUGUAUUGAUGAUUGAGAGGAUGAAGUUAAUAGUACACGUACCACAUGAUCGCGUAUUAAAAUAUGUAAAACCCCGGUAGUACCAAAUCCAACAGUAAUUUUAGUUCUGUCUGGUACAGAUUCCUUAUAUUUCAAUAAAAAUCAUUAUCUUGAAGA